GGCCAGAGGGUGGAAGGCCUUCCUCUUGGGCCUGCUGAGGAGUCAGGGUUAGCCCCAGAGGGCCUGGUCUGCUUUCUGUGCUCAGACCACCUCUGGGGCUGAUUGGUGGACUCCAGGCUGUAGCGGGGGAGAGGAAGCAGGGACGCCAGUUAGGAGCCUCCUUGACUUUGAGAAGGUGCUCCGCGUGGGCUGGGGUGGGCAUGGGGACUUUCUGCAGGUGGGGGACCUGGACUGGCUCGUUGAAGGAAGGGUAGGAUUUGAACGGUGGAGGGAAGGCAUGGCAGUGUUGGAGCAGGAACCCCACUGGAAGCCAGAAGGUUCAAGAAGUCGAUUCACAGGAGGGUGCAGACUGCCCUGGCAUGGGAGCCCUGGGGGAACCACAGGGAGGGAGUGCCAGGAGAAAGCUCCCUUAGUGCCAACACGCCCCGUGGUUGCCUGUGGGACAUCAGCAGUCGAUCUCAACAGGGAGCAGUUUUGCCCCCAGGUAACAGUUGGCGACACCUGGAGACAUUUUUGGUUGUCACAGCUUGGGAUGAGGGGGAAGGGAUGCUACAGGCACCUAGUGCGCAGAGACCAGGGAUCCAGUGCACAGGACAGACCUUCUCCCAACAAAGAAUUUUCUGGCCCCAGAUAUCAAUAAUGCCAAAGUUGGGAAACAUUGGUAUAGAGGAAAGAGCAUAGGCCUGAAGUUCUGUUAGAUGUAGGUUUGGUGCCCCCGUGCUGCACUCUCUGGCUGGGGGAGAGGAGUCUGUGAGGGCUGCAGGCAGAAGCAGAGAGGACCGUAUAGGAGGCCAGUGCAUUGUGUAGGGCAGGGAGCAUGGUGACUCGGAUGUAGUGGUGGAAGUCAGGAGAUGGGACCUUAUUGGGGAUAUUUUUUCAAGAUAGAGGAGACAGUAUUUGCUGAUUGAAUGUGGACCGAGGGAAAGAGAGGAGUCAAGGGUGAGAACAAGAUUUCUGGCCUGAGUUACCAGGUGAUGGUGCCCCUGGCUGAGGUGGGAAGAGGAGGUUUGGACGGAGGGUGGAUUACUCCUGGAAAACAGGAGGCAGCCCUGGACAGGCUAUGUGUGAGACACCUGAUGUUAGAUAUUCAACCGAAAAGGACAAGGAGGCAGUGGGAUGUUCUUGUGGAGUUGAGGAGGUUGGAGAGAGGGAUCCACACUGGGGAGAUGUAAGCUCACAUGUCAAGGAAUGGGACCACAGGAGAUCACCUAGCACAGCGGUUCUCAACCCACUGGAUACAACACCUUCUUUUGAACGACAGAUAUUUUGGUAACAACCCCCCUUAUUAUCCGCAAAGGAAAUUUAUGGUUAAUGAAAAUGGCCUACACAUAAUUUUUUUUAAAAAAAUUGACGAUCCCCUAACCAUAAUAUAAAAGGGAAAUAAAUAAAAGGAAAAUAAUUGAUGAUAAAAUGUUUCAAUAUGUGAGUUCCUGGGCCCUGCGGUACUAGAAACCACGAAGAAGCAGUGGGCGCUUUCACCUCUGGUAGAGCCUCUGGGGGUAUGAAAGCCACAGUGCAGGUGGCUGCAGCCAUGUCGCGUUGGCAGCUUGAAAACCAUGCCUGCUGUGUCUGCAGAUGAGGUCGUUUUUCCAAACUGGGAACUCGUGGUACCGUUUUAUCAAAAACAGUUCAGUCUCCCCUCGGUGUACAUGGCAUAGGUAUUAUUGGACAUUUUAGUGCCUAGGAGACCCAUGGAAAAUUUACUUUGUGUUACAUGUGAAACAGAGUUGGGUUGUAAGUUCAGGGAAUUAUAAAUAGAUCUUUCACCUCUGUGGAUGUUGAAGUCAUGCAGGGUGCCUAACAGUUCUUAGUUAUGUGGACUGUCCUCCCAUAUUCCCGACUCACUAAAAGCUAGGAGAGUCUCCCCAAAACAGCACAGGUUUCCAGAGUUUCCUGAAGAGAGCCACAGCCUAGGGUGUCCUCUGGGCAAAACCUUGUGCCAGCUCCCAGUUUGCCUUGGGGGAGGAGACACGGUAAGCCAGGUUCCAGAGUAUAGAACUGAAUGUGAUUUCUCCUUUUAGAAAGGACCAGGGGUGGGGGAGGUAAGGUAUGUCUGAUCGGAUGGUUCUAGGAAGGCUUCCAGAAGGAGGUGGCAUUUCAGCAGGGGGCGAGUGUCUCAGAGGAGGAGAUGAGGCAGCAGGUGGGUCACACUGGUCCCGGGCACGCCUGGUCUCCCUGAGCCCACGAGCCUGCGUGCUCUGGACACUCAUUAGGCUUGGCUGGAUUGCUAGGGAGGCAGGGAGUGGUUCCCUCUGGCAAGACCCUCAGGCAGGCACUGCCUCCAUGGGAGUGGUUGUUAGAGGCUAGGGCAUGGGAGAUGUGGCUUUUCCGGUUUGGUUUUUGUUUUGGUUUGGUUUUUUUUUUUUUUUUGUCAUGAAUUUAUUUUUCUGGUAAAGGAUGUAAACUAUGGCAUAUAGACUUAGCUCAAAUUCUGACUGACUGGUAGUCCACGCCCUAGUACUGACCAGUUCGUUUUCAACGCCUUAAAGCCCAGAUCCAUCUUCUGAAAAUCACAAGCCCUUUCUUGCAUCGAGCCAUCAAACCAUACAGGGAACGCACAGUGUGCCAGCCUCAGCCCUGGGGUCCGGCGAGUCGUGUACGCAGUUGAUCAUGGAGAGGGUCGGCUCGGGCCACCAGCCCCUUAGGUGAGAACAGAGUCUAGGGCUCAGGGGACGCUUCCCGAUCAUGGAGGCAGCGAGAGCGCCAGCCAGGAGACACGCUUGUUGAAAGUCGUGGGUCCAGCUCGACUGGCCCUUCCUGCGGGCCCUGCGGGCAUCUUCAGGAGAGGUCCGCCCCCACUGACCAGAGCCGGGGAGCUGCAGCUUCCACGGAUGGGGAGGUGGGCCCUCGACGUGGCCUUUGUGUGGAGGGCGGUGUUGACUCUGGGGCUGGUCCUUCUCUACUACUGCUUCUCCAUCGGCAUCACCUUCUACAACAAGUGGCUGACCAAGAGCUUCCACUUCCCCCUCUUCAUGACCAUGCUGCACCUGGCUGUGAUCUUCCUGUUCUCUGCCCUGUCCAGGGCCCUGGUUCAGUGCUCCAGCCACAGGGCCCGCGUGGUGCUGAGCUGGACCGACUACCUCAGAAGAGUGGCUCCCACAGCACUGGCAACGGCGCUUGACGUGGGCUUGUCCAACUGGAGCUUCCUCUACAUCACCGUCUCACUGUACACGAUGACCAAAUCCUCGGCUGUCCUCUUCAUCCUGAUCUUCUCUCUGAUCUUCAAGCUGGAGGAGCUGCGUGCGGCGCUGGUCCUGGUGGUUCUUCUCAUCGCCGGGGGCCUCUUCAUGUUCACCUACAAGUCCACACAGUUCAACGCUGAGGGCUUUGCCUUGGUGCUGGGUGCCUCGUUCAUCGGGGGUAUUCGCUGGACACUCACGCAGAUGCUCCUGCAGAAGGCGGAACUUGGGCUCCAGAACCCCAUCGACACCAUGUUCCACCUGCAGCCGCUCAUGUUUCUGGGGCUCUUCCCUCUCUUUGCCGUAUUUGAAGGUCUCCAUUUGUCCACAUCUGAGAAAAUCUUCCGUUUCCAGGACACAGGGCUGCUCCUGCGGGUACUUGGGAGCCUCUUCCUUGGCGGGAUUCUCGCCUUUGGUUUGGGCUUCUCUGAGUUCCUCCUGGUCUCCAGAACCUCCAGCCUCACUCUUUCCAUUGCUGGCAUUUUUAAGGAAGUCUGCACUUUGCUGUUGGCAGCUCAUCUGCUGGGCGAUCAGAUCAGUCUCUUGAACUGGCUGGGCUUCGCCCUCUGCCUCUCGGGAAUAUCCCUGCACAUCGCCCUCAAAGCCCUGCAUUCCAGAGGUGACAGCGGCCCUAAGCCCGUGAAGGGGCUGGGCUCCAGCCCCGACCUGGAGCUGCUGCUCCGGACCAGCCAGCCGGAGGAAGAGGACAACGAGGAGGAGGAGGGGCGCUUUGUGGCCCAGGGGCAGCAGUGAUCAGCCGUGGGACAGGUUGGAAGCAGGCCGCUCCCCAGCCUUCACACCUGUCAGCAGCUCGGGGACCCGGGCGGCCCCUCCCAGCUGCUGGGGAGCAGCAGGCCGGGCUCUCCCAGGCUGGCCUCGAGAGCACGUGACCACGUGGUGGGCCAGGGCAGGGAGUUGGUCAAAGGGGUGAGCACCAGGCCAGCCUCAGACCUGGCCGGAGCGGGGCCCAAGCGGUGCUGGCGUCACAGCCACUUGCCAGGCUCUGAGAGCCAAGGUGGUGAUUUCAGAGGUAUAACGGGUUUGGACUGUGGGCCAGUUAGGAACGGGAGAUGGAGAAGAUGGGGCCUCAUCGCCUGGAGAGCGUCUUUUCUCAGAGAGCAGAUCUAUUUAUAGUUUGGAAAUAAAGGGUUUACGGUC